CUUUCAGAUGUGGAAAGCUUCCGCAGGCCAUGCUGUGUCUAUCACCCAGGAUGAUGGGGGUGCCGACGACUGGGAGACUGACCCCGAUUUUGUGAAUGAUGUGAGUGAAAAGGAGCAAAGAUGGGGUGCCAAAACCGUGCAGGGAUCGGGGCACCAGGAACACAUCAAUAUUCACAAGCUGCGAGAGAACGUCUUUCAAGAGCACCAGACACUUAAGGAGAAGGAGCUGGAAACAGGACCCAAGGCUUCCCAUGGCUAUGGCGGGAAGUUUGGUGUGGAGCAGGAUAGGAUGGACAAAUCAGCCGUUGGCCAUGAGUACCAGUCAAAACUUUCCAAGCAUUGCUCACAAGUAGACUCAGUCCGGGGCUUCGGAGGCAAGUUUGGUGUCCAGAUGGACAGGGUGGAUCAGUCUGCUGUAGGCUUCGAAUACCAGGGGAAGACAGAGAAGCACGCUUCCCAGAAAGACUACUCUAGUGGCUUCGGUGGCAAAUACGGUGUGCAAGCUGACCGUGUGGACAAGAGUGCCGUAGGCUUUGACUACCAGGGCAAGACAGAGAAGCAUGAAUCCCAGAAAGAUUAUUCCAAAGGUUUUGGUGGCAAAUAUGGAAUCGACAAGGACAAGGUGGACAAAAGUGCUGUGGGCUUUGAGUAUCAAGGCAAAACAGAGAAGCAUGAAUCCCAGAAAGACUAUGUGAAAGGGUUUGGAGGAAAAUUUGGUGUGCAGACAGACAGACAAGACAAGUGUGCCCUUGGCUGGGACCAUCAGGAGAAGCUGCAGCUGCAUGAGUCCCAAAAAGACUAUGCCAAAGGAUUCGGCGGGAAGUAUGGGGUACAGAAGGACCGGAUGGACAAGAAUGCAUCCACCUUUGAAGAUGUGGCCCAGGUGCCCUCUGCAUACCAGAAGACUGUCCCCAUUGAGGCUGUGACCAGCAAAACCAGUGAUAUCCGAGCUAACUUUGAAAACCUGGCGAAGGAGAGAGAGCAGGAAGACAGGCGGAAGGCAGAAGCAGAGAGAGCUCAGCGGAUGGCCAAGGAGAAGCAGGAGCAGGAGGAGGCUCGAAGGAAGCUGGAAGAACAAGCCAGAGCCAAGACGCAAACGCCCCCUGCAUCUCCUAGUCCUCAGCCAGCUGAGGACAGACCACCCUCCAGCCCCAUCUACGAGGAUGCAGUGCCGUUCAAGGCAGAGCCCAGCUACCGAAGUCCUGUUGGCGGGAAUGAGCCUGAGCCUGUGUACAGCACUGAGGCUGCAGGUGUCCCUGAGGACAGCAGUCAGCAAAACUUAGCCUACACCUCGGAACCUGUCUACGAGACCACAGAGGUCCCUGGCCACUACCAAGCAGAAGACGACACCUACGAUGGAUAUGAAAGUGACCUGGGCAUUACAGCCAUCGCCCUAUAUGACUACCAAGCUGCUGGCGAUGAUGAGAUCUCUUUUGACCCUGAUGACAUCAUCACCAACAUAGAAAUGAUUGACGAUGGCUGGUGGCGUGGGGUGUGCAAGGGCAGAUACGGGCUCUUCCCGGCCAACUACGUGGAACUGCGGCAGUAGGGCAGCCACCCAGUGCCCACCAGCACCAGCACAGGGUUCACACUACAGACUAUCUGCGAGCAUUUGAGUUGGUUUCUGGGUUUUUUUCUUCCGAAGGUGGGGGAGGGGAAUAUACAUAUUGCCUUUAUAUUUAAUACUUCUGCUGAUGCUUCAGGCAUGUCUUGCCACAGAAUUUGCUAAUACCCGAUAAUCAUGUUCACAGAGAACUUGGGGUGAUUACUUUGAGCCAUCCCAGGUGUUUUCUUUUCUGCCAAGUUGACUGUGGUAUGUAGCCACUUCAGGGUCUCUGCUUCUCCUGAGGCUGGUGGUAUAUGUGGCCUUGUGGCCCCCACCCCCCCAUGGCUGUUGGGGUCCCCCAGGAUGGAGACUGCUCCUGGAGUGGGUGCCCGGUGAGGAUGCUCUCUGGGGUCCAGUGUUUGGAAGACAGGAAAGGGGACCAAGGGAAAGUGAGGUGGUGGUAGCGGGGAUGGUGGGAGUCCCGG